AUGGCUCAGUUUCCGGCGCCUUUUGGUGGCAGCCUGGACCUCUGGGCCAUCACGGUGGAGGAGAGAGCGAAGCACGACCAGCAGUUCCUCAGCCUGAAGCCCGUCGCCGGGUUCAUCACAGGUGACCAAGCGAGGAACUUUUUUUUCCAGUCCGGGUUGCCUCAGCCUGUGCUGGCACAGAUAUGGGCCCUUGCUGACAUGAAUAAUGACGGGAGGAUGGACCAGGUGGAGUUCUCCAUCGCCAUGAAGCUCAUCAAGCUGAAGCUGCAGGGCUACCAGCUGCCGGCUGCGCUGCCCCCCAUCAUGAAGCAGCAGCCGGGAGCCAUCUCCGGCGCCCCGGCCUUCGGUGUGGGCGUGGCCAGCAUGCCGCCGCUGCCGGCGGUGGCGCCGGUGCCAAUGGGGACCAUCCCUGUGGUUGGGAUGUCCCCCCCCCUCGUGUCCUCCGUCCCUCCGGCAGCAGUGCCUCCCCUGGCCAACGGGGCGCCCCCUGUCAUGCAGCCGCUGCCCGCCUUCGCUCAUCCCGCAGCCGCAGUGCCAAAGAGCUCUUCUUUCAGCAGGUCUGGCCCCGGGGCCCAGCGGAGCACCAAGUCACAGAAGGCGCAGUCCCUGGACGUGGCCGGCGCCCCGCCGCUGGCCGAGUGGGCGGUGCCCCAGUCCUCGCGGCUCAAGUACCGCCAGCUGUUCAACAGCCACGACAAGACCAUGAGCGGCCACCUGACAGGUCCCCAGGCGAGGACGAUCCUCAUGCAGUCGAGUCUGCCACAGGCGCAGCUGGCCUCUAUCUGGAACCUCUCUGACAUUGACCAGGACGGGAAGCUCACGGCGGAGGAGUUCAUCCUGGCCAUGCACCUCAUCGACGUGGCCAUGUCCGGCCAGCCGCUGCCGCCCGCACUGCCCGCGGAGUACAUCCCGCCCUCCUUCCGGCGCGUCCGCUCUGGCAGCGGGGUGUCCGCCCUGAGCGCGGCCGCAGUGGACCAGCGGCUGCCAGAGGAGCCCGCGCUGGAGGACGAGCAGCAGCUGGAGAAGAAGCUUCCCGUGACGUUCGAAGACAAGAAGCGCGAGAACUUCGAGCGGGGCAGCCUGGAGCUGGAGAAGCGCAGGCAGGCGCUGCUGGAGCAGCAGCGGCAGGAGCAGGAGCGCCUGGCGCAGCUGGAGCGGCAGGAGCAGGAGCGCCGGGAGCGCGAGCGGCAGGAGCAGGAGCGCAAGCGGCAGCGGGAGCUGGACCGGCAGCUGGAGAAGCAGCGGGAGCUGGAGCGGCAGCGCGAGGAGGAGCGCCGGAAGGAGGUCGAGCGGCGCGAGGCCGCAAAACGAGAACUGGAGAGGCAACGGCAGCUUGAAUGGGAACGGAAUCGAAGACAGGAGCUACUAAACCAAAGAAACAAAGAGCAGGAAGACAUCGUGGUCCUGAAAGCCAAGAAGAAGACUUUGGAAUUCGAAUUAGAAGCUCUGAAUGAUAAAAAGCAUCAACUUGAAGGGAAACUUCAAGAUAUCAGAUGUCGACUGGCCACCCAACGGCAAGAGAUUGAGAGCACCAACAAGUCCAGGGAGCUGCGGAUCGCCGAGAUCACCCACCUGCAGCAGCAGCUACAGGAGGCCCAGCAGAUGCUCGGCAGGCUGAUCCCGGAGAAGCAGCUCCUCAGCGACCAGCUGAAGCAGGUGCAGCAGAACAGCCUGCACAGAGACUCACUCCUCACCCUCAAAAGGGCCUUAGCAGCAAAGGAACUGGCUCGCCAGCAGCUCCGAGAGCAGCUGGAUGAAGUCGAGAAAGAAACAAGAUCCAAGCUGCAGGAGAUCGACAUUUUCAACAACCAGCUGAAGGAAUUAAGAGAAACACAUAAUAAGCAGCAACUCCAGAAGCAGAAGUCCAUAGAGGCCGAGCUGCUGAAGCAGAAAGAGCAGGAGCGAAGGGUCAUCGAGUUCGAGAAGCAGAAGGAGGAGGCCCAGAGGCGGGCUCAGGAGCACCUGCCGCAGGAGGAGGAGCGGCCGCGGCGGCCGCGGGAGGAGCAGCGCCUCCGGAGGGAGGAUGGCGCCAGGAGGAAGGACGGCGAGGACAGAGGCAAGCUGGAGGCGCAGGACAGGCCGGGCCGGCUCCAACCGCAGCACCAGGAGCCCGCCACGCCGGCCGGCCACGCGCCCUGGCCCACCGCAGAAAAAGGCCCGAUCACCAUCGGCGCCCAGGAGAACGAGAAGGUGGUGUACUACCGCGCGCUCUAUCCCUUCGAGUCCAGGAGCCACGAUGAGAUCAGCAUCCAGCCGGGCGACAUCGUCAUGGUGGACGAGAGCCAGACUGGAGAGCCAGGGUGGCUCGGAGGAGAGCUGAAAGGCAAGACGGGGUGGUUUCCUGCCAACUACGCCGAGAAGAUCACAGAAAACGAGGUUCCUGCCCCCGUCAAACCAGCGGCAGACCUGACCUCCACCCCCGCGCCCAAGCUGGAGGUGCGGGAGGCGCCGGCUGCUCCGGCCGUGCCUGCGGCCGAGCCCUCCGCCACCCCCAACAACUGGGCCGACUUCAGCUCCACGUGGCCCAGCGCGGCCGGGAAGCCCGACACAGACAGCUGGGAUGCCUGGGCAGCCCAGCCCUCGCUCUCCGUGCCCGGCGCCGGCCAGGUGCGGCAGCGGUCAGCCUUCACUCCUGCCACGGCCACCGGCUCCUCUCCGUCCCCGGUGUUAGGCCAGGGCGAGAAGGUGGAGGGGCUGCAGGCGCAGGCCCUGUACCCCUGGCGGGCCAAGAAGGACAACCACCUGAACUUCAACAAGAACGACGUGGUGGCCGUGCUGGAGCAGCAGGACAUGUGGUGGUUCGGGGAGGUGCAGGGCCAGAAGGGCUGGUUCCCCAAGUCCUACGUGAAGCUCGUCUCCGGGCCCCCCCGCAAGCCGGCGGCCAGCUCGGACCCUGGCUCUUCAGACAGCCCCGCGCCUCUAAAGCGAGUGGCCUCGCCGGCGGCCAAGCCGGCCCCCUCGGGAGAAGAGUUCAUUGCCAUGUACACUUACGAGAGCGCUGAGCAAGGCGACUUGACCUUCCAGCAAGGGGAUGUGAUUUUGGUCACCAAGAAAGAUGGGGACUGGUGGACAGGAACAGUGGGUGACAAGUCCGGAGUCUUCCCCUCUAACUAUGUGAGGCUCAAAGACGCAGAGGGCUCUGGAACCGCUGGGAAAACAGGGAGUUUAGGAAAAAAGCCUGAAAUAGCCCAGGUCAUCGCCUCCUACACGGCCACGGGCCCCGAGCAGCUCACCCUGGCCCCCGGCCAGCUGAUCCUGAUCCGGAAGAAGAACCCCGGAGGAUGGUGGGAAGGAGAGCUGCAGGCUCGUGGGAAAAAGCGCCAGAUCGGCUGGUUCCCUGCGAAUUACGUGAAACUCUUAAGCCCCGGCACGAGCAAGGUCACGCCCACGGAGCUGCCCAAGCCCCCGGCAGUGUGCCAGGUGAUCGGGAUGUACGACUACACGGCGCAGAACGAUGACGAGCUGGCCUUCAGCAAGGGCCAGGUCAUCACCGUCCUCAACAAGGAGGACCCCGACUGGUGGAAGGGCGAGGUCGGCGGGCGCGUGGGGCUCUUCCCGUCCAACUACGUGAAGCUGACCACGGACACGGACCCGAGCCAGCAAUGGUGCUCCGACCUCCACCUGCUGGACAUGCUGACCCCCGCGGAGCGGAAGCGGCAGGGCUACAUCCACGAGCUCAUCGUCACCGAGGAGAACUACGUCAGCGACCUGCAGCUGGUCACCGAGAUCUUCCAGAAGCCCCUGAUGGAGGCCGAGAUGCUGACGGAGAAGGAGGGCGCCAUCACCUUCGUGAACUGGAAGGAGCUGAUCAUGUGUAACGUCAAGCUGCUGAAAGCGCUGCGUGUCCGCAAGAAGCUGUCGGGGGAGAGGAUGCCGGUGAAGAUGAUCGGGGACAUCCUGACGGCCCAGCUGCCGCACAUGCAGCCCUACAUCCGCUUCUGCAGCUGCCAGCUCAACGGGGCCGCCCUCAUCCAGCAGAAGACGGACGAGGCCCCCGACUUCAAGGACUUCGUCAAGAGGCUGGCCAUGGACCCGCGCUGCAAGGGCAUGCCGCUCUCCAGCUUCAUCCUGAAGCCCAUGCAGCGCGUGACCCGCUACCCCCUCAUCAUCAAGAACAUCCUGGAGAACACCCCCGAGAACCACCCCGACCACAGCCACCUGCGGCUCGCCCUGGAGAAGGCGGAGGAGCUGUGCUCGCAGGUGAACGAGGGCGUGCGGGAGAAGGAGAACUCCGACCGCCUGGAGUGGAUCCAGGCCCACGUGCAGUGCGAGGGCCUGUCCGAGCAACUCGUGUUCAACUCGGUGACCAACUGCCUGGGGCCGCGCAAGUUCCUGCACAGCGGCAAGCUGUACAAGGCCAAGAGCAGCAAGGAGCUCUACGGCUUCCUGUGCAACGACUUCCUGCUGCUCACGCAGGUGGCCAAGCCGCUGGGCUCCACGGGCACCGACAGGGUCUUCAGCCCCAAGUCCAACCUGCAGUACAAGAUGUACAAGACGCCCAUCUUCCUGAACGAGGUUCUAGUGAAACUGCCCACCGACCCGUCCGGGGACGAGCCCAUCUUCCACAUCUCCCACAUCGACCGCGUGUACACACUCCGCGCCGAGAGCACCACCGAGAGGACGGCCUGGGUGCAGAAGAUCAAGGCGGCCUCCGAGCUCUACAUGGAGACGGAGAAGAGGAAGCGGGAGAAGGCGUACCUGGUGCGCUCGCAGCGGGCCACCGGCAUCGGGCGGCUGAUGGUGAACGUGGUCGAGGGCAUCGAGCUCAAGCCCUGCCGCUCCCACGGGAAGAGCAGCCCGUACUGCGAGGUGACCAUGGGCUCUCAGUGCCACAUCACCAAGACCCUGCAGGACACCCUCAACCCCAAGUGGAACUCCACCUGCCAGUUCUUCGUCCGGGACCUGGAGCAGGAGGUGCUCUGCAUCACCGUCUUUGAGAGGGACCAGUUCUCCCCGGACGACUUCCUGGGCCGGACCGAGAUCCGCGUGGCCGACAUCAGGAGGGACCAGGGCCCCAAGGGGCCGGUGACCAAGUGUCUGCUGCUGCACGAGGUGCCCACGGGCGAGAUCGUGGUGCGCCUGGACCUGCAGCUCUUCGACGAGCCCUAG